AUGGAGGAUUUGGGUUCCAUGUGGGAUUAUGAAGAGAGCUUUGAUGAAUUGAAGCAGAAGCUUGUAUACACUUCCGUCGAAUUAGAGUCGCUGAAAGUUGAAGCAAAGGAAGAAAUGAGAAAGCACGAGGAGUAUGUUAAGCAUUUAUUCAAUCUCCUAAAGAUGGCUAACCAAGAAAGAGAUGAGGCCAAAGGUCAACUGCAAAAACUACUUAACAAACUUAUGCUUUCUACUACUGCUGAAUUACUGCCUAUUCUUCCUCAAGCACAACCUGAAAGCCCUCUCGUGAUGCCGGCUAAAGCAAACUCGAGUAUAACUGAAUCUAACAGUCUAUCUGAGACAUAUAACCAUCAAUCACAUGGCUCAUCCCCUGUUGAUUCCUUAUUUGACGCAGUUACUUCACCAGAUUUCUCCAGCAUUAACAUGGCAGACUCAAGUCACAUGGGGUUUGUGAAUAAAACCUUGGUUCCAGAAUAUAAUGGCUCUAUACCAACGGGUUUAGUGGCUCCAGCAAUGGCUAAGAUUGAUCCGGCUGAUAUUGCAAUUGACAGUUUUGUCAAAGGAAAAGUCCUGCCUCAAAAGGGAAAACUGUUGCAGGCUAUGAUGGAGACAAGUCCUCUGCUUCAAACACUUCUUCUUGCAGGUCCGCUUCCGCGGUGGAGAAAUCCGCCUCCACUGCAACCGUUCAAGAUUCCACCAGUUUCUAUUGGAGGUUGUGAAACUCCAAACCGCACUGCCAAUUCAAGUUGUCAUGCUCAACAACCAUUGGCUUCAUCACCAAACAUUGAUUUGUCUCGUGGAUCUUCUCAAAUGUGUUCAGCUUCCAUAUUAGAUUUUGCCACCGGUGCUUCUGAUUCAGGUAUAAGCAACGGAUGGUUGCUAAAUUCUGGUGCUAUCCAUCAAAUCCCAGCUAGAAAGCGGCAAAGAUUUCAAUGA